UAAUAAUUAGUCCUGCUGAGGUCCAUUGGUUAUGGUCUUAUGGACAAAGUUGAGCUGUUCUCAGUGACUAUAGGGUCCGGUCCGGUUAAAUUGGAUCAAAUUGAUCCGGUUUCAGUCCGGUCUUUUGGAGAAUAAAAGGACCUAAGAUUGUAUUGGAUACAGUCUGGUCUUGAUUCGGUCCGGUCUUGACCCGGUCAUGUCCCAAUUUGAUCUUGAUUUUAGGUGUUGGGGGUUGUUAUCCGAUCUUUAUCCGGGUUUUUUACUUCAAAUCUAAGCCCGAAUAUGAGAUUGAAUUGUUUGCUAUCCGGUCUCAGUCCGGUUCCGAUCCGGGUUAUACGAUCCGUUUUGGGGUAAAACCAAACAAUUCGGACCAAAUAGCCAGCCCUACUCUCUUGCUUGCUGGUUGAACUGUGGUGGAAGAAGGUGGGAGAUACCCAGAACGCCAUCCAUGGAGGAGGCUGGGAGAUAAUGCUAAAACACAGUCGUUUCUACACAAAAAGGAUCGUUCAACGAAUCUGGAGAAAAGCCCAAGAUAAAGAGGAAACCAAGCAGUUGUGGUCUACCAUUUGUCUUGUGCGCAGUCCAUAAUUUGACUAACCCAGAUGAGAUGAGGCACUUGUCUUCAGAAAAGCGGUACAGUGUCCAAAUGGCGUCCAUGAACCAUCUACGCCUCAUGGUUUUCUGCAGACAACAAAAGUAAAGUGAUCUUUCUUGUUUCUGUGUGUUGAAGAAUGUAUAACGCUUGUCUGUAUUAGGUACUGCAGAAGCUUUACUCUAGAGCGCGAAGUCGCUUAAAGCGUGAACAAAAUGCUUCCUCUGACUUCAUCCAAUCCAAGUCUGUUAAUACCAAUCAUAAUCACGAUUCUCUCGUUGCAAUAAAAAGGUAAUGUAGUGAUGCAGCAGUUUGUUCGUGUUUGUUUAAAACCUCUAAACCCUGGAUCCAUCUAUAAGUAACAGAAGGUGAAAAUCCCUUUUCUCCAUCACUUGUAACCAACCCAUACAGCGCCCUCAAAAUCAAAAGAGCUUCUUCACCACCAUGAACUCUCAUUUACGGAUUGUCAUGUUGAUGAUAUCUGCAACUUGCACCGCAAUUUUAGGAAUUGUUGAGUCAUCAUACGAGGCUGAUAAGAUUGUGAAGUUGCCUGGCCAACCAGAGGUUAGCUUCCAGCAGUAUUCGGGUUAUGUUACCGUGGAUGAAACCCAACAGAGGAAACUCUUCUACUAUUUUGUUGAAGCUGAGACAAACUUUACUUCCAAGCCUCUUGUUCUCUGGCUAAAUGGUGGGCCAGGGUGUUCCUCUAUUGGAGCUGGAGCUUUCACCGAACACGGCCCUUUCAAGACAAAUGGUUCAGAGGCGCUCCUGAAAAAUGACUACAGUUGGAACAAAGAAGCAAACAUGUUGUACCUGGAAUCGCCAGCAGGAGUUGGAUUCUCGUAUUCUGGCAAUACCUCUUUCUAUAAAUUAGUAAAUGACACCAUCACAGCAAAAGACAACUUGGCAUUCCUACAACAAUGGCUAAUCAAGUUUCCUGAAUACAAGGACAGAGAUCUUUAUCUCGCCGGAGAAAGCUAUGCCGGACACUAUGUCCCACAACUAGCCCAGCUAAUUGUGGAGUCGCGAUCAAAUCUCAGCUUGAAGUUGAAGGGCAUAGCAAUAGGGAACCCAUUGUUGGAGUUCAACACAGAUUUCAACGGCGUAGAAAAGUACUUCUGGUCUCACGGUUUGAUAUCAGAUCACACCUAUCACCUUCUCAACAAAAUGUGCAACGGCUCCCAGCUCAGGAGACAGGCUGCUUCAGGCUCUCUUUCUGAGCCCUGUAAAAUGGUUGCAACUCAACUUAGUGCAGAGAUGCCUAGCCAGAACUUCAACAGAUAUGACAUCACUUCAGAUGUUUGUUUGGCAGACAAUGAUGGGUCCUCAUCCAAACUGUCCUUGGAAGCAACUUUCCACCCAUUUGCAUCCCUCAAGUCCAGCCAAAGUACCAGCAGAAAUCCGUCAUUGCAGAAAGUUGGAGAGUCGGCCAUAGACCUUUGUGCAGAAGGUGAAAUCGACAAGUACUUGAACAGGAAAGAUGUUCAAAAUGCUAUGCAUGCCCAGCUUGUAGGCAUCCCUACCUGGAGAAGCUGCAGCUAUGUGAUCAAUUAUGACCGAAACAAUUUGGAGAAUCCAACAAUUGGAGUGGUGGGCUCAUUAGUGCGUUCAGGAAUCCAGGUACUAGUUUACAGCGGGGAUCAAGAUUCGGUGCUGCCAUUCAUUGGGACAAGAACUUUGGUGAAUCGUCUGGCCAAAAGGAUUGGUUUGAACACAACUGUGUCAUACAGGCCAUGGUUUGAUGCUGAAAAGCAGGUGGGUGGAUGGACACAAGUCUAUGGUGGGAAUAAGCUUGCAUUUGCAACUAUAAGAGGAGCUUCUCACCUGGCCCCGUUCUCAUCACCAAAGAGAUCCCUCUCAUUGUUUGCUACUUUCUUAACUGGGAAACCAUUGGCAGCUUAAGAUCUCUCAACUGGGUCAUGGAACAUUGCAGCCUUUGACAAACUGUUUUCAACUGUGAUUUCUGAUUUCU